GUCACAAUGAACCAGGACAGCUGGUCAACUAUUCUCCAUGAUCAUCCCAUCUUCUCCGUGUCGAGCAGCAAUGCCGUUCCUCAAGCUUCAUCAGCCGUGGUGUCUUCCCAGCUCGUCUCCACUUCUGCCUCUGCAGAUCACGCUCCAUCCCCAAACAACUGCAGGAGACAGACAAUGGUCCUCAAGGACGCCGACUUGAUCGUCGCCGCUGGGACUGAACUUCGCAUUACCUCGCUCUCUGACAAGAAGAUGGACAAGAGCACGGGAAAGAGCUACAAGGUCCUUCGAACGCCGAACAUACAAUUCAAUGUUCGACAACUAGCUGUAAACGCCAGUGGCAAGCUUCUCGCUGUGGCAGGCGAAUACGAACUUGCUGUCGUGGUCCUUCCUCGUGCAGGCUAUCCGUCACAUUCUCAGCCUUCCAUCGACUGCAAGUCUAUUCAAGUUGGUCAACUAUAUCAUCAGACCAACUCUGCGCCAAUAACCAAGGUUGAAUGGCAUCCGUGGGGAGAGGCGGGGUCUACACUCAUGGUCUUGACUCUGGACGGGAAGCUCCGUGAAUAUGACAUCUCACUGGAUCCAGAUGAACCACAACAAACCCUCAGUUUCGCUCCUCAGAAAAAAUCAAGAUCUUACAUGGCGGAGGAUCCCGUAGAGCGAGAGGCCAUUUCGUUUACCCUCGGCAGAGGUAAAGCAGACUGGGGUCCCCUCACUGUGUACACUGUCAUGCGGUCUGGUGAUGUGUAUGCCAUCUGCCCAUAUCUUCCCCGAAAUGCUUAUGUACCAUCCUCUUACAUUCACGCCUUGAACUGUUUCAUCACGGCAAAACAAGAAUUCCUACACCAAGAGCCAUCAAUCAGUUCCGGCUUGACCAGCAUGUAUGACUAUCAACGGAAAUACGUCUCCGCGCUGGUGAAACAAAUACCCUCUGAUGUUGCUUACCCGUCCACUGCUCAGUCUAUAUCCUUACGCCCACCCGCGAUUAUAAAAAGCAAACCGAUGCGACAAGGACCCUUCUUGCUGCAGCCUUCUCCGAAGAAUCUCGAUGGUAGUGAAGGCUUUGAUGCUACAGACAUCGCCUACCUUGCCGUUAACAAUGAGGACGAUGACAAUACAGAUGGGCAGGCCGAACGUCUUGGGGUUGUUGUCAUCGGUCAUCAGGAUGGAAGAGUCGACGUUUGCUUAGACGUUGAAAAGGUGGAAGCCAAAUGGGAAAGUAAACAGGACUCUGGAAGUGAACUUCCUAUGUUUGCUGUGUACGAGACUAUAGAUCUUGGCCUGGUACUACUAUCUAAGCAAAUAACGGGCGACCGUCUGGACACUACAGCUCUGAGCAACAACCACCUCAACCUAUCCUUGGAUCCCAUACAUGACGAUACAGUAUACGCCUACCACUCGUUUGGUAUCCAUUCUCUGCAGUUCGAAGAUUUGCUUCGGAGUUUGAACGAUGCACUCCGUCAGGAGGGCGAUGGACCUGAAGCCGACAGCGCCAUGAAAAAGGCUGUUCAGAAUUUUAAGCCCACUCGUGUAUCUCAAAUACAGACUACCGGCUCCUUAUCCCGCAGGCAGGUUGACCCGGUCAUUGCGCUUUGUAUCCCAAACGAUGUCUACUUGUCAUACAGCAUGGUCACACUGACCUCGUCGAUGAAAGUUGCCAAUUUACCUCUGAGCUUGAGGACAGGAGUUUCUCAAGCUGACUCGCCAGAUGUUGUUGCACCUCCCCAAACACCAAAAGCACUCAUCGAAGCGCCGGCGCAAGCAGACAAAGAGAACAAGGAACCACCCGCUUAUAUUUCACUUCUUCGAGAGCCUUUUACGCCUCCCGAGGUACUUUCCGACCCAUCUAGUCUUGCUGAGAGGCGUCAAGCUGCUAUCACAUCCUUACGCACGACAGGCGAGUUCAUGCUCACACCUGACUCGUUGCGGGCUCUAGGAACAACGGUAGAGAUUUUGACUGGCCAAAUUUAUGAAAUUAUCUUGGCCUACAAAGUCGUCAAUUCUCGGGCGAUCGUUCUCAGAGCAGAAGCGGACCGGCAGCAGGAAAAGGCUCGCGAAAUGCUCAGCCUUUUGUAUAAAAUGAAGGGACCGGACUGUUUGGCAUUGCAGAGUAGGAUGUCGAAAGUUCAGGAGAACCACAAGACAAUUUCGGCGAAGCUAGAGCGUACACUGAACGCUAUGAUAGCUAAGGCAGCGCCCGGACUGAGCGAAUACGAGACAAGGUGGUUUGAGGAGCUGAAGAGGAUGAAAGUGGAAGUUGCAGGACGGACGCGGUAUGAUGACGAGUCUUUGGCUUCUAGGGCUGCUGCGCUCAAGCGUGAAUACGACCGAAUCCUACCGGGGCUCAAGAGCUUGACGGACAGAAUGAACGAGAGGAAACCAUACCUUUCACAAAAUAACCACGAACUUGGCGUCUCGCAAGCUUUUGCAUUCGGGGAGCAAUCUAACUCGGAGCGCGUCAGAAUCGCAGACCUUGAGCAACAAAUCUUACGCAUGGGAUCCAAGCUUGGCAUUUCUGUAAGCAAGCCUCCAAGCUCUCGGCGGAAUGAGGCGACCGUAAAUAGAGAUGAAUACGAAAACUCUUUUUCAUUGUAAUACGCUACACCAAUAGAUCUACAGACAAUCUGAGGGUGCCUAGUAGUACAUAUCGAUAUCUCGCUGAUGCCAACUAGGUCAUAGAGUUGUAGCCACAUACAUACAUAGCAGUUUCUCUACCGAUAUCGACUUUACAACGCUUUGAAUAAUACCG